AUGGUGUUUAAUGCAGCUCGAAGGCUCGAAGGGUGGAAGUUCUUCGGCCAGUUGGCCUCGACAGAUUGGCCACGUUGCGAUCGCCGAACCCAUGCGAUGCGUCCACAGACCUUGGGCGCUCCGCCGGUGCAGCGGACGAACCGCAGCUGGCGACGCACUGAUGAUGUCGGCCAAAGGUGGCUCAGCCUCGCGGCAAGACCCUCAAACCCGUCCCGUUAUGUGAAAAAACCGCUGGUUGGAGUUGAUGGUUCCGUCGGAUCCAUGGCUUACACCCCAGCGGAACUCUUGAGGAACUCCUUGCCCUUGCGUGCGAGCAGCCAGGAAUCCAUGUCCGAUCUUUGGGAAGAUCGAAGAGGGGACAUCUUAGAUCUUGGUGAGGCGGAUCAGGUGCUUCGCAGCGUGGAAUGGGCUCAGGCCAUAGACAUGAGGUGGCCUCCAAACUUCGAGGGCUUGACGCAACUGGCAUCAUCCCUGGAGGCCUCUCCGCGCUGGCCAAAUGCCGAGCGGCUCUGGCGUCAGAGCGCGCCCUGGAGGUUUUCGCAGGGCGCAGAGGAGCUUGGCGCUGAGCUGCGACUGCACCUGCUCAGGACCGGUUUCGUUCCGCAUCGUCGAACCGUGCGCUUCCGCGGCUCAGCAGUGCGUGAUGGGCGGCACGACUUCGAAGCCGGGGAGGUCAUGGGUAAGUUGGGUGGCGCGGCCAAACGGCGCACGGGCUGGCAGGUGUCCUUAAGCAACUAUGACACUGAAGUGACCCGCCGAAGCCAAGUCGUUGUAGGGGCCGAUGGCAGCCUGGUGGUGAUGUCAUCAGCUGAAUUUCUAGAUCGGUGCCCCAAAACCCUCCAAGUGAGGCUCUUUCCAGAGUGGCGUGGUGCCGCAUCGGGGUGA